UGUAGGUAACUCUCCUGCUGUUGCACUUUUACGGGAGAUCUUCAUGAGACGCAGAAACAAAGGGUGAUUCAGCUACAGACACAGAAAGGAGAAAAUACACAUUGUUCUAGCACAAGCUGUGUGCAGUGGCAUCCACAGAGACUUUUGGAAGAUGAACUCUUCCUUGACUGAUAUGAUCCUUGUUAUUGACCUGUUUAUUCCAAGUGUUAGUAAUUUUUUGUUAAUAUAUAUGGUGCCCUAGUACGGUGGGACCCAGAGCAAUCCUGGCGUCCCAAGGUACUACUGCAAUGGAAUUAAUAGUAAUAAACAUCCUGCUUUAAAUCAGCAGAGAAAUAAAGGUUCAGUUUUGAAUAUGAUAGUUCACCAAAGAAGAAUAGUUCUUUUAAUUUUGCAUCAGCAUUGCUUAUCUUUCCAGUGUAUUUGCUUUUAUUGUCACUGCUACAUUCUGUUGCCAUAGAUUUUUGUGUGAUGAAGCUCUGCCUGUAGGCAUAUACUUCAUUUAGUGUUCAGGAUCCAUUUAUUGCUUACCCUGCUUUGAAAAAUUCAGUUUUCUUUAGGUGAAGCUGCCAGAGAUGAAGCACUUUACUGCCCAUUGCCCAGGUUAGCUGGGAAGCAACAUUGCCUACAUACACCUGUACUGUUUUCCUGCUGUUCUUCAUUGUGCCUUAAUACAUUAAGAGACAUUGCAGUUGGUACGGAGUCUACCAGGAGUGUGGAGCAGUAAAUUAUCAUACAGGGGGCAACAGGUUUACAUGGUCUGUGAACAUAAGAAAAGUGCACCAUGUUCAGAAAACCACAGUAUGAAAAUUUGUAGUGAAAGACUGUGCCAUAAUUCCUAAAUGUGACAAGAUAGAGUUACAGGUAUGGAGAAAGUAAAACUGACUUUUUUUUUAAAAAAAAAAAAAAAAAAAAAAGUCUUUACCUGUGAAAAAUUAUAUUUUGAGUGUAGUUCUUUUGAUGUCACAGGGUGUAGAUUUUAUUGUUUGUGAGAACUGGGACUGCUGUAGUAGCCGAGAGCCAAUAGUGAGUACGACCUAUUUAGAAAAAAACACAACUUGCUGCUGAUUGACUUCUAAGUAUUUCCCCAGUGGUUCACUUAUAGGACUGUGGAAUUAAAAUAAUACUCAGAAAACAAAUAAGGCUUCUUUAAAGCUCUGUGGAAGCACAUUAACUACUUAAUCUUGGAUAACAGACAGUAAAGAACAUUAUCCCCGAGCUGCAAAUGAAGAUAUAGAAAGUGACUCUUUGGCCACUGUUUAUGUGAGUCACUGUCACGGCCAAAAUGACAGCCCGGGGUUUUGGCUUGCACUUUUGAAACUCACUGUGUGUUUUUUUUAUUAAGCCAGUUUGGGUCUGGUCCUCUUAGCGAUGCUGUGAUUAUGUGAUUAGAGAGAGUCCCCGUAACUGGUUAGUUGCACAUUAAGUUCAAAGUUCGGACGCAUUCUUCAGCUGAUGGGAGUCACAGAGAAAUGCUUGUGAGUGCUCUCUGUUCCCUGUCUUGCCUGUUUGUUUUUAUUAAUGUGCCAAGCUGAGGUUGGUAGGAAUUGACAUUUCAGGAGUUUUUCCAAAGGGCAGCAGGAAACGCAAGCUGUGUGGAUCCUCGCAGCAGAAAGUGGAGAGCCAACUUUGCUUCUCCCUUAAACAAUCGCCCUGCAGCCCGUGUGUUUAGAAACGCAUUUUGUUUUGGCAGCAUCAGUGCCAGACUUUGCCCAGCCGGGCUUGCUGUGGGAAGGGACCGUGUCUGCACUGCUGAAAAGCCAGUAUUGCCUCUGAGCGUGGUGCUGCUGGUAGCUCCCCCCGCCCUGGCGCGCUCCCUGUGUGGGCUGUGCCCUGAAGGCCUACAUCAUUGCAAUUUUUGGUUUCCCUUCCCAGAACAAAAUGAGGUUUUGGUUCGCUGCCCAGGAAGGGGAUGUUUCUUGGAUGGGAUCGCCGGAGUGGAGAUCCCUGCAGGGCGUUCCUCUUACAGGUCAAGAAGGAAACUGGCUUUCAGUCUGUUGGUAGUUACAGAGUUUUAGUUAGCGGCAUGUUACCGUGUUUCUUGCCAGGAGAGGUUUGUCAGGACCGCGGUGACACCGGCACUCGGGAGUUGCAGUGGUGAAGGAUCACUGUCUCUGUUUUCACGGGCGCUGGGCCGGCGGCGGGGCCUCCUCCUGCGCCGUCCCCGCAGCCUUCCUCCCCUGCCCACAGCGCUCGGGCCCUGGGGUGUCCCCGAGCUCGGGGGGCGGCCGGGCUGGGCAGCCCCCGCUGACACCCCUCCUGCCGGGGGGCACCUGGGGUGACCGGCCAGGGUGCUCCCCCACUCCCACGGGCCCCAGGAAAGAGCUGGGUUUGCAACAUCUGGCUCGGGCAUUAACCAGCCGCGUUUUCCCACCUGACGGGUUCAGUUCACGCGCGACGACGAGCAGGGUUACGUGCCGCAGGAGUUUCUGCCAGGCUCAUAUUUUACGUCUUGAUUGUGAUCUGACUUACCAAAAGAACAGUUAUUAAAGAGUGUCGUCGUUUUUGGUGUUUGUUUCUUUCUGUAUUUACAAGUAUUAUUUAGGGAAAGUGUAUUUUUUUGUAGACGCUUUUUCGCUUUAUUGUCCAUUGCUUAGAACAAAAUACCACAUUUUUGUCAGAUAGAUUUUUAAAAGGUGCAAAAGUAAGUAUGUUCUAAAUUGCUGUUUGUCACCAAAUUUCAUGACUUCUGGUUAAAGUAAAUUACAAAUUGCCUAUAGAAGCCAGGAAGAAAAGUGAGUUGCAUGUGCAGAAAAAAAUAGCUAUAUAGCUCAGAUUGAUAUUUUUUCUAUAUAUUAUGGUUUUUUCCUGCGUUUGAGAAUACCUCAUGUAACAGUAUUUUGGUUGACUUGAUGAGAAAUUGCCGGAGUUGAGCUUGGUACUUCUUGAUUUAAAAUAAAGAGGAUGUCACCACACAGAGAAGGGCUGGCGUUUUGCCAGCAGACCCUGCAUGUGCGCACAGUUCUGUUCCGAGGGUAGAAACGCCUUUUCCUCUAUGGACCUUGUGCAAUGGAGAAGUUGUUUGUCUGAAUAAAAUGUGUAAUUUGGACAUAAUAGCCUUCUGCGUGUUUGAAGUGGGAGAGGAACUGGUCACUUCUAUUCAGUCAUGGUAACUGAAUGGUAACCGUCAUGAGUAAAAAUGUAAGAUAACUCUUGAUGUGGAUUACUUUGUGUUUUUUUUUAAAAAGAAAGUGUGCUGGGGCACUUUUGGGAAUGCUUCUUCAGAGUCAACAAACAGAAAACACAAACCACCUCCAAGAGCCUCUGUGUUGCUUCCCAGGGGAGGUUUUCCUGGGUCGUUUGCUGUAAAAGCCUUCUGGGUUUUUAGAUGGAGGUUCACAGGGUUUUCCUUCAGAGCUCCUCCUCAAUCAAGAGCCCUUUCCAGUGGCCCCACAAAGACUUCCGUUUGCCCACAGCCAGAAAAGUGAAUUUUAACCAAUGUUUUCAUCCCACCGUCGAGGAUCUGUUCAUGCCCAAAGAUCUGGGGUGUUUGCUCAUCAGCAAACGUGACGCUGAAUUGCUUAACAAGGUUUGUGACUUGUUACACCCCUCCUGAGCAGCAGCACAGCGAGGAUGAUGCAUCAUUGCCACUAAUCUUGUCAGGAAUUGCUCCUUGGUGCUGGCUGGAAGGGAGCAGAGGGUGGAGUUCAGCCUUCCAGUCUUCCUGAGCUGAGGCUUGCCUACUGCUUUCAAAUUUGCCUUCCUCUUUCCAUCCAGCGUGUGAUGGAAGCUGGAGUAUAUCCUCUUUCAAACUCAGAACCAAAAACCCACUGAAGAAUCAGCAACAUUUUAUUUUUCUGGCUGCCUUUGUUGGUAUUAAAAAUUAUUUUAUAUCCUGUUUUCACUGUCUUUACACCAAUGGUUGAAAGCAGUAUUUGGUCUGUGGCUUUGCAGGAGGUAAGUUUAUUUGUGUUUGUGUGUAUCAGCGGUGUUUGUCCCUUUUGGAAAUGCAGUAUCCUCCUUUUAAAAGCUAACCAGAGUUCACCAGCUGCCUUUUGUAACCCGAAGGAGGAAUAUGGGAAAGAAGAAUCUCUUAUUUUACUGAUUGCAGAAACUGAGCAAUGAUGAAGAGAAGGAAAUCGUUGUCAUAGUCAGUAAAUUGUUAGUGGUGUGGAGAGAAAAGGCAGGAAGCUGUCUGUUUGCACCAAGGACAACUAGCAGGUCUGACCAGUUGGCUUAUGCCAGGUUAGAAAAUGCCGUGUGAUGCGAGUCCUGCUGUAACGAACCAGCUCCAUCUCUUGAACUUUAUGCCAUUGCGAAUGGUAUUUUAUAAAACCCUGUAAAUGUUCCAGAGCCAUUGAAAAUAGUUUCCUACGUAUGAAAAGCACUAUUUGCUAUUUUUGUCUUUACUGUGUAACGUUAGGUUUUAUUUAGACUUAAACAGAUUAAGAGUUUCCUCCUGAGGAAGGAGGCAGUUUUUCACUGCUAGAUCUGGGGGGAGGAGCUGGAAAAGACAAACCAUCUAAUCGUGCAUACUGCCCUGUGUGGAGGAAGAGUAAAGGUCGCCCUAUAAGAGACUUUCAGCUGGAAAUUAAAAGUAUGGUGAACAGAUAAAAACAUCUCUUAGCUAUUGACUGGAUGCCCAAGAGGGAGAACCGCAGGCUCCAAGAAGCAAGCAUGCGGCUGGAGCAGGAGAACGAUGACCUUGCCCAUGAGCUUGUAACAAGCAAAAUUGCCUUACGGAAUGACCUGGACCAGGCUGAAGACAAAGCAGACGUUUUGAACAAAGAACUUCUCCUGACCAAACAGAAGCUAGUGGAGACAGAGGAGGAGAAACGGAAGCAGGAAGAGGAAACUGCUCAGCUGAAGGAAGUCUUCAGGAAGCAGCUAGAGAAGGCAGAAUCUGAGAUCAAGAAAACCACAGCCAUUAUUGCAGAGUAUAAACAGAUUUGUUCCCAGCUGAGCACCAGGCUGGAAAAACAACAAGCUGCCAGUAAAGAUGAACUGGAAGUUGUGAAGGGUAAAGUGAUGGCCUGCAAACACUGCAGUGAGAUUUUCAGUAAGGAGGGGACACUGAAGCUGUCUGCUGUAAGCACGGAGAAUAAAGGCAUAGAAACAGAUGAUGAGAAGGAUGCACUGAAGAAGCAGCUGAGAGAGAUGGAGCUGGAACUUGCACAGACCAAACUGCAGCUUGUGGAAGCCAAGUGCAAAAUUCAGGAGCUGGAGCACCAGAGAGGAGCCCUUAUGAACGAAAUCCAAGCUGCCAAAAACUCUUGGUUUAGCAAAACCCUGAACUCUAUCAAAACGGCCGCGGGCACGCAGCCGGCGCAGCAGCCGCAGCCGCCCCUGCCACCCAGGGAGGGCAGUACAUAGUUCCCGCCAGCCCCGGCACAAGAGCACAAAGAACAACCCACCUGAAACCCUGGAGGCUUCUUCCAGUGGUCUGUCCUCUCGGGGAAAGGACAAAAGGCAGGAGUGCAGGCUUGAAGUGAAAUUCUUCGGUGUUUUUCAUUCAUUCUGAUGUGACCUUUGCAAAGGGGGGGAAAAAAAAAAUAUUCCUGUUUUAUGUUGAAUUCUUACUUCCCAAACUGCCUUGCUGAAAGCCACGUUCUGAUACCUUCAUACUUUUACACUUUAUUUUAUAUGACUAGAUGUUAAAUAAAUACUACAAAACUAGGUCUUUAAUACAUGACUAAUUACUCAAAGUUAUUUUUAUCUUGCAUAGAAGGUUUUUUUCUUCUGGAGGAAGAGAGAGAAUGGAAAAUGUAAAGUACUGAAGCAUAAUCUCUUCGUAGAAAGCACAGUGUAGUAAGUACUAGUGUGUGUGCGGGUGUCUAGGAUAACUUACGCCCUGGGACCAUCUCAGAAGUUUAUCGCAGUGACUGCGUCCUGCAGAGAAGCACUUUUUGUAAAGCUUAGGCCAUAGCAAAGAUAGUCUUGUGCUCUCUUGGCACAAUUGUUUAUGAGCUUCCCUGACAAUUUCUUGGUUUCGAUUGUUUUUUCUUCAGAAAUACUAGUGCAGUUCUUUGUAGCACUGUUGUUCAAAGGCUCUUGUCAGCUGAACUGGAAUUUAACAUAAAGUUGCCUAGUUCCCUUUUUUAUUUCGUGUUUAUACUAAGAACUCCCAAGAAAUAAUUCCUUCCACUGGGAUAAACUGGAAAACUGUUCAACAUUUAUUUGACGUUUUUGCUGAGAAGCAGAGUGAAGACCUUGCAUAGUUUUGACCUUUUGUAAAUCCUGUGCAAUAAAGGGUAGGUUUUAUGAAUAAAAGUAAUUAAAGCCUUUCCCUGGGUCUAUAGUCGAGUUCUGAAUUUGACACAGAAAUGAGGUAUCAAACAAAAAACCCCAAAAGCUUGUGCUGCACUGAUGAAUAAAACAUCACAGAAACAAGAUCUAUUUGCUAGAAGUAUUUGGUUAGGAAACGCUACUGUUGGUAUUACUUAUUUUUAUAGAAACAAACAUUUUCAAGUGGAAUACAAAACCUAGACUUUCCCGUGGGGUAGACUACUCUGAUGAUUCCCAAACCUGUCUGGUUGUUUUAUAUCUCUUAAGGUAAGAAAAUUCGAAAGCAUUUGUUCUGGCUGAACAUAAAAGUGUUUAUAGAAAUACUUAUUUCAUGGAAAAUUAAACUAUUGCUUGAACUGAUGGAAUAUUUUUUUAAUUAUAACUGUCAUGUCUAAAGAUGGUCUUGCAGGUAAAUAUCACUGUUGAACUAAAGGUUGUGUAUUAAUUGUUCCAUUUACAAAAUUGUUCCAGGGACAUUAGUUCUGUUUUGAUUUUUUUUUAAUUCUAAGGAAUGCCAUAUCUUGUCAGUUUUGUACAAUAAAAUUUAAUGAUACCCAUCUUGUGCUUUGUUGUCAAGCAUAAUUGUGAAUUAUUUCAAACAGGGUAGUACAGAUUUAAUGUUACCUGUGCCAAAGGAAUGAUUCUGAAAGGCAGUCAGCUGUUUGAAGUAGAGAUCAAAAUAUAAUCACUAUCCUGAUACAACUAGCCUCCAGUGAAAUUCUUCGAAGAGUAAGGGGUUACAAAAUUUUAAUAUUUUAAAAUGUACCUGCAAGAGCAGCGAUUGUCUGGAAAUAUUAAUACAGUGAGGAAAAAAUGGGGGAAAAAGCAGAAGGAAUUUCUUUUGCAAAUAUUAACAAAGAUCUUUUUCCCAGGUCACUUUAUUGCUAAUAAUAUUUGCAUAAAUGUUUCCAUUCUCUUGACUCUGAACCUAGCAUUAGUCAUUCACUUACCUGUUCCACUUCACACUCGACAUGAACUGCGUAAGAAAUCUGCAGUGACAUUUAAGAAUACCCAGUGAACAUGAUUGUUACAUUUGAGAGUACUGUGCCGAUAAGUGACACUGAUGGUUUGACAAGUGUCCAAAUUUCUCAUUUCAUUUAUCUUAAAUCAUACUUAGAAGCGGAUUUAAAACCUGGCUUGGAAAAAUGCAGUAAUAAUUAAAAAAAAAAAAAAAAAAAAUUGUUAGGACUGUGAUUCCCCGAGCAGCUGAGUUAAUGUAACAGCUCACUGCUGCUCAAAGAUUUCACCCCUCCAACUCCCUGUUGUACAGUCAUGUCCUUUGUUCUUGUUAUGGCACUUACUGGAGACAAUUAAAAACAACAAAGAAAAAGAUAUGGGUGGAUUUCCCCCUCCCCCCCCCUCCCCGGUUAGUCUUUUGCCAAGUUAGUAAGUUAAAUCAUCUCAGAGGGUCCAAUGAGUGCAAGCAGGUUGUGGGAGUGGGACUUCCCCAGUUCAUCCAAAAAGACCUGUUAAAUAAACUCACUAUAUUUUGUGGAACUAGCUUUGACACAACAACAUCUUCCUCAGUAUAGCAGCUCUCUGACUUCAGAAGUUGAGUUUCUGUGACAAAAACAUAUGUGUUACCUGCUAGCCGUGAUGAUUUCAAAACCUUGUAGGAUGGAAGCUGGCUUACAUUCAGCAAAAAAAAGUUUCAGAUGGCAGUGGCUGCAUUAUCACUCUUGGCAAUGACAGAAAGGCAGUAAACAAUUGUCACCUUCAGUCUGUAGGCUCAAGGUAGCAUUUGUAGCAAUGGCAUUUGAAAGAGUAACAUUUAUGUGGAAACUGUGUCUUCUCAAAAAUACUGAAAUAAGAGAAUAGCUCUGUGGCAUUGUCUUGAUAAGCAUAGUUAUAUUCAGAAACAAGGAAAAGAGCAAGACUGCAGGAUUAAACCAGGCAAGCUAAAAUUCUACCUGCUGACUGUACGCUGCUGUUGAUGAAACUCACCUCCUGUGAGAAAAUCAUCGUGGGUUUUAAUUAGCCCUUUCAGCAGCGUGUGACAGAGCCACAUGCACAGGUAUCCCAGACUGACUGAUCCAUCAGGGAUAGCUGGCUUGUCAUUUAGCUUUUCAGCAGGAAACAGCAUCAGUCUCACUGAAACUUAUUUUCUUGUGGCACUGGAACAGCUAACAGCUCCUAAGUCUGGAGCGAUUAAUAUUUUAUUCCGGAGUCAGUAUUAAAUUGUGUCCACGUCAAACUUAUAUUAAAAGUAAUUUGAAUUUUAUAAAUAUAUAUGUGGAACUAAAUCUUUUCAAUUUUACUGAGAAUGCACCGUUCUGAAAUAAAGCCUUUACUUUGAUUAGGGACAAACCUCCAAAGAAUAUUUUUAGUACAGGUGCUUUUUCCUGUUGGAUUCUAAUCUGUUCCUGAGAUCCCCACUACUGGGGGGGGGGUGUGUGGUGGGGAGAAGUAAUUUUUUUCACUUUGUUUUUCUUUUGACUGUAACACUUUACAGGAUAAAUGAAGCAAGGCUGAUUUAGUUACAUGGUACAUCUGUGAACUAGUCUUGUAUUAUCUUUGUGAAUCAAACUUAAUAUUCUAAAGUAAUAGGACUUCACUUAGUUUAACAAAUUCUAAAUGUACACAGAGAAAAUUAAAACCAGUACAACAGAAAAUACCAUGUGUGGUGUUAAUCCAAGAAACUGCAAAAUCCCUCAAGUCCACAUGCAUUCAUAUUUAGUAAAACCAGUCUCAGGAAAGGUAGUCAGCCAUGUAAUCAGUACUGCCAGCUGACAAACUUGUCCUGCCCUUUAAUUAGGAUAUCAUUUCCUACAGCUAAAUUACAUUGCUUACAUAGGUAAGCAAUUUUUUUUGUCUUUUUCCUUGUUAGGACAUUUUGAAAGAUUUCUCUUGGUUGGCCCUUGAAAUUUCUUUUAAGAUAGAUGCUUUCAACUGUGCCAUUGCGUUAAAAACAACUCAAAAUAAAAACAGCCAUUUACAAGGGGAGAGUGAGAUAGAAAGUCAAGAACAGUGAGAAUUCAUCCCCUUGACAAAGCAUGAAGUAUGCCAUUGACUUCAGAGUCACGAUGUCACUCACUGACUGAAUGUGGCAAUUUAGGAGUAAAUAAAAUUCUGCAUUUACUGGAACUGAAGUAUCAAAACAUGGAAGCUACAUAAGUCACGCCUUCUCCGCAGUAUAAAGGUAGGGCUGUUCCCUUCCUUCUAUUAAGUAGUUGCAGUGAAAUCCAUGAAAACUACUUGUAUGUGUGGGAGAACUAUACCUCUUGAUUUACUGUUAGACUCAGGGAUAACUGGCAUACUUCUGCAUAAUCUAAUAAGCCUAAAUACCUUUGGCAUUGACAACAGAAACACUCUUACCUGACAGUGCUGGUUUUCUUCCAACUGCUAGAGAGAAAACCUUAGUACAGUGUUAUUGUGGGAAUGUGAAGAUCAGGGCAGAGAUUCUUCUCUCGAGGCCGAGGGCCUGCUGUGCAAACCGCUGGCUGCACCAGGCCCGUAGUGCUGAGCAUACCCAGGGCGGCGAGCACACGCAGCGCCGGGCAUCACGUCGUUCGCACAGACACAAAGGCUUAAACUCAGUUAUUUUUCCCAUCUCUUAUGCUAAUAUCCUACUGGGAGCCAUCCCAUUCCCUCCUUCCAAGUAAUAAUACUAAGGAGACACAGUGAAGCACUCAAGUUUGGACCUUUCCAGUUUGGUGAGGUACACAUCACAGCGGUCUUUAAGACUGAGCUAAUCCAUAGAUGGGUUUGGGGAAAUUCAACGAAUUUGCAACUGGAUAAGUAAUAGCAUGGAUCAAGAUCCUAUCUUUCCCAAGUCAGAAGCCUACAUAAUUUAUUUCAGGAUCGUGACUUAACACGUACAGGUUAAUCCUCUAGGAAUACAGGGCUCUCCAUUUCUCCUGGAUUCCAACUGCUUUGCUACUGAAUGUAUUUCAUGCUAUUUUUACCUGAAAAAGAAAAAAAAAAAAAGAUAUGGGUAGAGAAUUAGGACAUUACUUCCUCUUAUUUUCUUAUUCAGUGGGACUUGCUUUUAUUUAACCUGUAAAGGAAUAUAUAUGUAUCUUUGGAAGACUAUAUCUUAUAUAUAGAAUAAUAUAUAGGAAACUGAAUCACAAGGGGAUAAAUACAUCACAAGGAUUUGGUAUCAUAAAUUUCAUUUGUGAUUUGAUACCACCAGAAUCCUAGGCUGUACUCAUUUCCUUUCAGUUUCUCUUAUUUUUGUAUUUUAUAUAAUACAUGGAUGGUACUACCAAUGCACGCAAGAGCAGAUGUUUUCAGAUUUUUCUCCAGAUGCCCACUCCCUCUCCUUCCAGUAAUCCCUCGGUUUGCACUGCUGCUGCUGCUACCACCUUCAAAAGCUGUGCCAGGAGCUCCCUCGAGCUUUGGGAACUGUUGCUUUCCCAUGGAAGAAGAUUCUCUGACUUCUCUGAACUGGGAAAAGAUGGCACAUGAAUGCAGAAAAGGGUCUAAUCAAGCAUGAUCUGGCUCUCUCGGUGUCUGCCAUUCCAGGUGGAUUCUGAGCAGCUUCAAAGCUCUGACUCCAUCACAACGCAGUUUUCCAGGUUUGGAGUUGCAUUUGUUAUCUGUGUGUGUCCCAAGUUCGCAAAUCCUAGAGUUAGGAAAAAGAGCGUCAUAGCUAUAUCAGACUUCUAACGGAGAACACUUCAGUACUGCCAGUACUUAUGUAACAAAUCCAUGUAUUAUAUAAAGUAUAAUAUGGAAAUAUAAGUGUAAUGCUUGUUAUUAAAAGUGCAAUUCAAUGUACAUGGUCACAACAAAUGUUUACUUUUUUAAUUGUUACAGAAUUGUUUGGAUCAGUACCUUGUUAUCAUUGUGUGAACGAUGCCUUGUAAAAUAAAUGGAAAUGCGAACAAAA